AUGCUCAAAUGUGGUGCCCUUAUGCAGAAGGGUCAAAUCGAGUGUACAGGAAGGUCAACAUUCGUGAGUCACUACUAUUGGGUAGCUUUUAUUAUACAUUCAAGUAAAGCUAUGUAUGUUUAUGUAUAUAUAUUAAGGUAUAUCCAUGUGUUGCAUCUAAAGAUGUGCCGAUUACUCGAUGUUUGGAAGUAUCCAGCAUUACACCUAGAACAAUAUGAUGAGUUUUCUCUUCCAUAUCGACUUGACAGUUUGUUUACCAGGGUUUACUCUCACUGUCAUCUUGAAUUAGAUACCAACGAUGAGAAGCGUGUCAGCGUGGUCCUUUAUCGUGACUGGAGGAAACGCACUUACAAACAAUGCUCAAACUUGAUUUGCAAAGUGUAG